AUGACCGAUGUUUCUAUAGUCCUUAAUAUAUCUUCAUCACUAUUACAUGACCCUGUUGUUAAUCGAACACGAAAAAUUCUUCUUAUUUUAAUUGGCAUAUUACUUGUUCUUGGUUUGAUAUAUUUUAUAUUUAUUCUUCAUUCAUAUGCAGCUAAAAACUCACUUCAAAGUCAACUUCCCAAUAAUAGUGCUCAAUUAGUAUCGAUUCUUAUUUAUAUUGUUUAUUAUAGUUUUGGAUUAUUAGUAACAUAUCGUUAUUAUCAAACAGGUUUACUUGUCUUUGCUUGGCUUGGUUCUGUAUCCCUUCUUUUAAUACUAGCUAUUGCUAUGGUUAUUCUAAUUGGAAUUAUUGUUGCAACAUCACGUUUAGGUUUUGUUAAAGGAAUAAUUGUUGCUAUAAUUUUUAUUAUUAUCUUUCUAACAGCUUUAUUACUUCAAAUUUUUACUGUUCGAUAUGCUUUCGUAUUAUCGAAAUUAUUGAAAAAUACAAAACGUUUAACAACUGAACAGAUCUGA